UACAGUAAUCAGUCUCUUUAGAAACUUCUGCAGGGUACUAACUGUUGGGAGAUUUACAAAGUAUUUUUUUUUCCUUAUGACUUGCAUACUUCUGCGAAACUCAUUCUGAUUUUGUAUUCUUCCUUUUGCAUUACUUUGGAAAAUCUUUGCCAGGUGUUUUAAUUUAAUAAGGCUGCAGGUUUAACAGAUAAAGUUUUUUUUUAUUAUAUAUAUUUUUUUUUUCAUUACUUGAGGGAUUUACACCAUUGCAUGAUAUUUUUGUUUGCAGCAAUCUCCAACGAUAUUACUGGAUUACUGUUGCAUUUUGGUUUGCUAAACGCACCCCCCAAAAGGAGCUUGUGAUAUAGUGUGUAUAUAUAUUUAUAUAUAUUGAACCUGUUGCUCACUUUGCAAUAUAGACUGGCUGCAGUAUAGAAGGGUUGUUAGUUUUGGUAUCUGAGGACAGCACCUUUCUAGGUGUGUGCAGUUAGUGGGUGCAGUGUGCAUGGGCUUUUCUCAUUUUUGCUUUUGAUCUAUUUUUGCAAUUUCUGACUGUUUUGUACAGUGGAUUGAGUGGAAGUAGAUCCCUCGUUUUGCUGUGGUGUAAGUGAAGGUUUCACCUUGCACAGUUGUCUAGGGGAUUUCGUGCACAAUUGUUUGCAAUUGGUUUUGUUGUUGUUUUUUGGGGGAUUAUUUAGCAGGGAGAUCCCGUUCCCGUGCUUGCUGCACUUUGCACCUCAGCACUAUUAUACUAUGAUCCUGUCUGUCUGCUUCAUCCUGACCAUGUGCCUGGGGCUGUGCCAGUGCCUGGGCUCCUUUGUGCACUGUGAGCCUUGUGAUGAGAAGGCUAUGUCUAUGUGCCCACCAACCCCUGUGGGCUGUGAGCUGGUGAAGGAGCCUGGCUGCGGCUGCUGUAUGACAUGCGCCCUGGCGGAGGCACAGUCCUGCGGGGUGUAUACUGAGCGCUGUGCCGGGGGGCUCCGCUGUCUCCCUAAGCAAGGUGAAGAGAAGCCACUGCACGCCUUGCUCCAUGGCCGAGGGGUCUGCCUCAAUGAGAAGAUCUACAGGGACCAGGUUAACAUAGAGCGAGAAUCAAGGGAGGAAGACCCAACUACAUCAGAUACAGAUGACAACUAUAACCCAAAGCCACGUAAAGGAAUGCGAGGGGUCCCUGAUCACAAGGUUAUAGCUUUAAACAAUUAUCGGCAUAAGAAACAGUCUGCCGCAAGGAUGGUAUCUGUGGAGAGCAAAUCUCAGACGCACUCCUCCCCUGAGUACAUCAUUGAGAUAGGUCCCUGUCGUAGGCAAAUGGAAACUGUAAUGCAGGACAUGAAGGUUGCACCUCGCGUGUACCCAAGAGCUUUUUACAUCCCUAACUGUGACCGGAAAGGAUUCUUCAAAAGGAAACAAUGUAAACCUUCUAGAGGCCGCAAGCGUGGAAUCUGCUGGUGUGUAGAUAAAUAUGGACUUAAACUUCCUGGUAGUGAUUACGCCGCCAGUGAUCUGCAGUGCCACAGCUUUGACAGCAGCAACAUUGAAUGAUCUCCUGAUCAGUAACCCACAGCAGCCGGAUGGACAUGAUCACUUGUGUCUUUGCAUCUUUUGUCCUGGGAUAUCCCAGAGGAAUUUUUUUUUUUUUUUUUUGGUUUAACUUGUAUUUUUUCCUCAUCUCAUCGGCAAUACCGAAAAACAAUCUUGAAAACUUCAGAAGUAAAACUAAAAAAAAAAGACAAUGAUGAAGAAGCCAAGGAAAGGAAAUUGUCUAUUGAGUUUUUAAACCACAGUGUGAAGCUUGAGGCAACAGAAAAGUGAAAUCUGUUUUUCUGGAGAAGUAGAGAGAAGGUUGGGGGUAUCCCCCCAGAGAAGAUCUGUUGCAAUUUUUUUUUUUAUUAUUCUUUUGUUUAUUUUUGACAAUGGGAAAGUCCCAAUAAGCUUGUGUUAGCUCCAUGCUGUCUCUGUUUUCGUAUCAACUGACUGAGAGAAUUAUGUAUGUUGUCGGAAAUGUUUGUUUUGUUUCAAAAAGAGUAAUCCACUCGGUGGUCUGUAAAUUUCAGGGCUUGCCCCACCAAAAGGCCUGAACAGAUAUGCUAGAGAUCAGUCCAAUCAGUCAGCAGACCCAAUAUUAGCUCCAGCAUGUACCUUUACAUGUUACUCUCGAUAAAUCAAAAGUGUUGGUGAAAUGCGUUGAGGGGAGAUGAACAAUGAGGUGACAUUCUGGUUUGUUUUUCACUGAUUGGCCGAAGCUCUAGAAAUUGCUAACCUGUCACUUUAAUACUCUAGAAUGUUUUUUCCAAUUUAGACGAGCACAGGACACUUGUGAAGAUGCACUCCAUAUUUCCAAAAAUGAUUGCUUGAGGAAAAUGGCAGUGCUAUAUGUUUCAAUAAUUAUUUUCUCCUAGCGUUGACUCCAUGUCAUAUAAGGCAUGGUAUAUAUGAGGCCUGAUGCCAGCCCACUCUACACAAAGACUUUUCUUUUCAGCCAUUAGAACCCUAUGUACUCAAUCACAGCUGGGUCUGUAGAGAAUCAUUGUUCGGUUUUUAAUAGCUUGUUUCUACAGCAGUAAGUCUUAUGCCUUAUUUGCUUAAAAGCUGUGACAUUUUUGUUUCUUUUUAUAUAAUAUAUUUUUUUGUUUAAUUUUACUUUUUUUUCUGUUUCUAUAGUAUCAAUAGAUUGUUAAAAUAUCAAUAACUACCGCUUUUGGGUGUAAACUGUUGUUUACCCCCAUUUUUUUUAAAUUGCCCAUUUUAUUAGUUUUGUAUCAUUGUUGAAGGCAUCACCCGCUGGUCCAGGUCCCCUUUUCAAAUAAUUCAAGGGCAAUAGAGCACUAAAGUAGUUGUAUAAAAAUACAAAUUCCCACUCCCCUGCCCCCUCUGUAGUAUGAUUGGUGCUGUUUCCCUUAAUGACGUUUCAAUAGUUUGUUGAAAAAUAUAAGCUAUAAGGACAGGUUGCAACUUUUUGAAUGCAUCUGAAAAUAAUUGAGUUAAUCUUUGAAUUACUCACUGAGUAGGAGGGUUUAGCUGAUGGCUCUUGGGCAAUGGAAGUUUGAAUGACUCAAGCUUUAAAUGAAUGAAGGCUUUAGACACUUUUCUAAGUCUUACAAAGCCACAUGGAAGCAUUUUUGUUUAUUUUUUACAUUUCUUUUUCAUGCUGAACUAGUUAAAGUUUUAGAUUGAUAGAGAACUGUGUAAAAGUCAGGAAAACAGAGACUUAUAACGAACAGAAUGACCAACAUGAAACCAGUCCCAUGGAACCUGCCACUUGUUUCUCAGAGGAAUGCAUUGAUAAAGGCAAAUGACACUGAUGGAUGAUGUAAUAUUCAUUAGAACUAAAGAAAAUGAUGGCUGAAUAUAAAGUAUUAUCUUCAGAAUUAAAUGUUAAGGACUAAAAAGGACUGGGUUCAGUUUGAGGAUUUGAAGGAUUUCAGAGAUGGUGGUUCCAAUCUUGACUGCAGAUGGCCAUUUUGGAUGGCAUCCUCUAGACUCAAUAAGUAGCAUUGCUCAUGGUUAAGGCAUGGCAUUCCUUCAUUUGCUGCCUUUUAUCUCUGUAUGGAAAAAUGCAAGACAAUGAGUUGAUAAGUGAACUUUGCGGAAAAAAGAAAGAAAAAGAAACUGACGGAACCCAACACAGCAAGUUCUCUAUUGAAAUGUUUAAUGGAAAUUAGCUUAUUCCUAUUGAAAUUCUGAAUGUUCUCAGUACUGUGUGACACAAUAUUUCUUGAAACUUUGUAUUUUCACUCCUGUAACAAACAAAUGUAUUUUAGUUCUGGUUAAAGCUUGUAUUCCUGAUCUGUGCAACUUUAGAGACCAGUGGCAAAUACCACGGCUUAUGCCUUACUUGAUCUUGGUUGAGGUUGGUGACCUAAACUACCAAUGGAACAUACAGCUCCUGCUAUUUUGAAAUUUAAGUUCUAGAACAGUUUUAUUAUUCUGCCCUCCUUGAAGUAUCCAAGGGUAAAGUUGAACUUUUAUUUUCUGGACCUCUGAAUUUGUGACAAGCUUUGUCCAGCUUGACGUCGACAAUAUUUAGAUAGUACACAAUCAGACAAAACACAUUGGGUGAACUGUCGCCUUUAUCAAAAAUUCAAUGUGAGAAUCUAAACACAAUGCUAGUUAUUCUAGGUGCUGUAUUAUGUAAAAGAAAAAAAAUCCUGACCGCUUUUUUUGUAGUUGUUCUGUUCUCUUCCAACAAAUGAUGUUUUUGUUUUGUUUUUUUACACUAUGGAAAAGUGUUACUAAAUCAAAACUGCAAAAAAUUGCAAUUAAUAUCCAAUAAUUUUUCCUCCGCCAGCAUUUUUAGUAUAUUUUAAUAAGAUCCCAACACCUACUUAAAUGUAUAUGGGGACAUUAGUAUAACUCAAAGAGCUUUUCAGCCCAUUGCUGAGGUAUGUCUACUCCUUUCUUACACCCACUGCCACUUUGACAGAGGUAGUGCUCUAUUUUUUUUAUUUUAUUUUUGUGCUUAUUUUUACUUUAUUAUUAGUUUAAUAAUUUUUACAUCACCAAUGGCAGGCAACUAAAACUGAAGAUGGAAUAUGUAUGUGAUGUUGUUUUGUAAGGCGUACCAUGUAUUUGUAGACAAAUAACAAUUUUGAAUGAUAGUAAGAUUAAAUAAUCAACCAUACAGUUGGGCUUAUUUAACACUGUGGUGCAAUAUGCGUAGAUAUAGCAUAAAUCACACCAACUAAUCCUCUAAGGGCUGACAUUUUUGAUGCAGUUUAGGAAGUGAGAACAAACUUCUGAUUGGUUGAUCAGAGUAACAGUACAAUUUUGAAAAUAAAACCAUGUUGUUGAAUGAGCCACAAUAACAGUAGCAUUGGUUGCUGGUGUCUUAGAGGUAUUGCAUUGCUUUAGUUGUUUUUAGUAAGUACAUUUAGCAUCAGCUGAUUGACCAUUUGCAAAACAUAUGCAGCGGCUGAUUCUUGGGAGCAAGCAAAGACAAAAAUAAAGUAAAUUUACACCUGGGCAAAACCAUGUUGCACUGUAGAUGAGGCUGAUUUAAAAUGUGCAGGGACAUUUUGAUUUGGGAGUUUCCAAACUCAGAUCUAAAUUGCAGUGUAAAAUAAAGCCUUCCAGCAUGUAUGGGCUACAUGCAAUAUCAGCCAAUAUUUACCUUGCAAUCAAAAACAAAUAAAUGUAUUUGCACCUAUUGCAUUGCAACAUGGUUUUGUCAAUGCAAAAAGCACAGUGCAACUUACCCAGUUGUCUUUGUGUAUACUCCAAAAAUAGGCCUCACCCUCUUCAGCCACAUUGCUUAUAUUAAAAAUCUUUCUGCAAUUUUAAUGAUAAGAAAGAUAAAUAUACCUAGAAAUGGGGUAUUAUACAAGCAACGUGUUCUAAAGGGAAAUCACAUAAUUAACCUGAUCAUUUUCUAGAAAAAAGAAUACAUUAAAUGAUGUGGCUUAUCCUAUAAUUAUCACAAACUUGUUUUCAUAUAAACAUUUAGUUUAAAGAAUAAAAUAUUUGGUCCCCUUCCAUUAUUUAUUUAGUUUUUGCCGCUAGUAGCAAGUUGGUGAUCAGUAAGUGUAUCAGGACUUUGUGAUGUUAGAAAUUAUUAUAGUGGAAAUGUAGAAGUCAGGAUUUGUUGUUCUGUUUCUGUUCUCUAUCUAAUACUUGACAGCCAGCAUUGUACUUAUUAUCUCCUGCUGGGAUUUGAAGAAUAAUUUAUUAAAUGUGAUAAAGUAGUUUCCUGGCCCAAUUAAUUUGUAUCGGCUGAGAUGCACCCGACUUUGAAUUCAGUAAAAACCCGGUGGUAGAGUCAACUAACAGCAAGACCUAUCGCUAACUCCCAUGUUCAGUGGCCCAGAGCUAUUCAAUUAAUUCCCGUGGUAAGUCCACUGCUACAGCACUGUAAGCCAUAAGCGCCAUGUUAAAUGCCUAGAGCUAUGCAGUUACCAUCCACUUUAAACCACCUACUAGCCCUAGAAGCACUAAUUAAUGUUUAUUUGUGUUUGCACCUCAGGAGGGUGUGAGCAGAGACCUGAAUUAAGUGCACCCUCGGUACUAGUCACGGUUUUACUACGGGCAGUAAUUGAGUAAGUCCAGGCUGUUAGCCUGGAAAUUAAAACACUGCAGAGAGUACCACAGCUAAUUGAAUCUGAGUAACCUCUCAUGUGUGGGGGCUGUGAGAAAUAAAGCCUUUAAACAUCAUGGCUUCAAAGAUCUAGGUUUUUAGAUCAAAGUGGCUUCCCCUUUCAUGCCACCUGCUCAGAAAUUGACCAUUUAUUUAUUUUUUCAGGGUUUACAUUGUAGCAGUGAGCCCUUUUUGUAUUUUAAAGACUACUAAAUCUAAAAUGUAAAGUUGCCUUACCUAAAAUAGUUUCAGAGAGUUUUUAGAAGUUGAGCUGUUUUAUAUAAGGUGUUAAUAAAUAACUAAAGCCAC